AUGGGACAAGCGCCGCCAAGCCCCCGCAAAUCAACCCAGCCCAUCAUCUUCAACACUCUCUUCGCUUCGACACCUUCACAACUCGCCAUCAUGGACCGCAUACAACGCUACAUAAACCCCUCAACCUCCCUCUACCGUUGUCAUGUGGGACCUGAUCAGCCAACGCGCAUCCUUCGCCGAGGCGACCACGACGUUACGUCGGAUGUCAGUGUCGUCGGCAACCUAGAGCUUCCAAAUCCGACCACCCCUCCCCGGCCAAGGUCGAUGUAUGACGGGAUUUCGAACGGGCAAUACCAAGGCAACCAAUCGGCUCCUGACAUGAAUCAACGAAGAAAGAAAAGUCGGAAGUCGCAAGGAGGAGGAAUCACAAGAGCAUCAGGAGUUCGAAGUUCAGACCUGAAUCAAGCUCCAAUCCCAGCGUCUCCUCAACAACCUCUCACACCGAGCCGCCCAAAUGAGACCCCUGUGAAAGCAUACGCAGGGCCCACGUUUCAUGCGUCCCCAGCGGCUUCCUCAUUACCCAUCCCAAAAUUCUUCUCCAGAUCGGUUCCCAAUGUGGACAAGAGUAGGAUGGAGCAAGAAACAGUUGACACGACGUCCGAGAGCGACAAUUCCCCCUUUCUGCAGAACAGCCACCCGACCCAUGACCUUCGAGCCCGGGAAGAUUCACAAGAUUCACCCCUUGACAUUUUCUUCCAAGCUGAUAGGAACGCUAAGACCAAAGCUCAGGUUAGAAGCCCGGCAGGCUCGAAUAGCUUGCGGUCAGAAUCACAGAAUGAUGUUCGACAUCAUUCGCGCCAACCCACCGACAGUUCCCUCGGUGGAAUGUUUCCUUUGGAGAUGGAUGGGGCAGCAUCGGAAACCUCGGAUAGUACGAAUAAUAACGAGCAAAUCACCCCUGCUCCCAAGGCCAUGUCGGAGGCCGAUUACAGAGAUGAUCAGCGCAAAGCUCAAACCCUCGAGCUCAAGAAGUUGCUCUUCCCUCCCAAGCCUCAACGCCCAGCACCGUCUACGCCUCGCUCAGUUCUCCUUCACCCGGAACUACUCCUCGCUGGAGACUCUCCAGGGCUGGUCCCAGAUGCAACGAGUCGAGACCAGCAACGGCACGCUGCUUUGCUGGCUUUGGCUCAAAAGCAAAUUUUAGGAAAAGGCAACAAUAACGUGUCUGCAGCUCAGCGACCGCCUUCUUCCAAGCUUUGGAAAGAGAUUUCAGUACCUAGCUCGCCAGGGGUAUCCGAGCUUCCAACCACUCCAACGCAAACCCGUGUACAGAAGACAUCUACCAACAUCAAUGGCCAUGCACAGCAACAGCAAAAUGACUCUGCCUCUCCCUAUUCUCCCUUUCCCUCGGCCUUCACCCCACCAGCUAAGUCUCCUGGCGGAUUUCAAAGUACUCCCUCUCGACAUUCCAAAGAUGCAAAAUCAAUUGAAGAAGAUCUUCGGCGAAUCUUGAAGCUUGAUGUUCUUGGCGGUGAUUCCGUUACUGGUGUUCAAUCUUGA